CAAUCAGGCGUCAUCACUCUUGCCUGCAAGAGUGCGCGAUUCUUUCUGCUCGUCCCCUUCAAGAGGGAAAAAUAAACAGCGCCCCCGCCCCACUGGGAUAUGUGUGCAAUGGGGGGUGUCUUAUUAGCGUCAACAGCCAUAAAUGUGUGCUUCUGUAUGUGCGGGCUGCGUGUGUCGGUACCGUAGAGGAGCUGCACGCGCUCAGGCCGGAGAAGCGAAGCUUGUUGCCGGCCUGCCGCCUCUGACAUCCCCCGGCGGCAGCAGCAGCCAACAUGGCCGAGGACGACAGCGAGUGGGUGGUGGAGAGCAUCGUCGGCUACCUGGGGAGUCCAGAAUGGGUUAUUCCAGUCACGGACUUUAUGGAACACAAAUGCACAGUGUUUGAUGAUGAAGAUGAGAAUAAAUUGUCAUACACGGAAAUCCAUCUGCAGUAUAAAAAGUUGGUAGAGAAGCUGCUGGAGAAUUACAUGCAGGAGGUUGGUAUCAACGAGCAGCAGUUUUUGGAUGCGUGCACUUCCCCUUUUGCCAAAUCCAAAACAGUGCAGUCGGUGUUCCAGCCAGUCCUGGCCACAGAUGACUUCCAGAUGUUUCGCUCGCUGAUGGUUCAGAAGAACAUGGAGCUGCAGCUUCAAGCCCUACGUGUGAUCAAAGAGAGGAAUGGGUCUCUUCCUGAGUGUCUGACUGAUGGUGCGGAUGACCUGACGGAGCUGCAGCAGCAAGAGAUGAAGAUUCUGCAGGAGGUCCUCAAAAAGUCCAAAGAGGAAUACGAUGAGGAAAUGUCAUUGAGGUUGCUCCUGGAGGAGGAGCAGGGUUCUACAUCCAGCAGUAGAUGCGACAACAAGCCCCUCGGUGGCAGUGGUGAAGCGCCCAAAAGCUCUCCUGCCAGCCAAGAGAGCAGCUCUGUCAAGGCCAAAGCUGACUGUCACCGUGGUCACCUGGUGAAUGGAAACACUGCAGCUAAUCUGGUCAAUGGCAAAACACCCAGAAACACUGAGAUCAAGGUGGCAGCAGCAGGAGAUGGAAAGCGUGAGGAAAACUGCAGCUCCUCCUCCUCUUCUUCCACACGUACCUCUGAUGGUGUCAGUACCUGCAUGGAGCCCAGAGUCCUCCCUCCUGUGAGCGCACCCAUCAGCUCCAUCCCUGACAGCAAGGAGCAGAGCAGCAGCCAAUCAGCAGGGGAAUCCUGGCUGGAGGAAGCACACAGGGAGGCGGGCUUCUCUCAGCCGUACACUGAGCUGUCGGCAUCCCAGCAGCAUGAGCUCCAGCAGAGGGCGGCAUACUUAUGUCAGCAGCGAGACAAGCUGCGCGCGCUCAAGGAGCAGCAGCAACAGAACAAGACCCAGCAAGCCGGCACGCCCGAGGAGGUGCACAGCACCCCCUCACCACCAGCACCUCUUCAGACCUCUGAGAUUUCAGCAGAGGAGAGAAAGAAGCUUCAGAAGAGAAAGCAUCUGGCCGACAAGCUGAAAGAAGAAGUCAUCAAGAAAUGAGCGUCACGUCCAUCCAUGUGCAAUAUGGACUUUCCUUUGAACGCAGUCUAAGGUUCCAAAACUCACCUUUGUUUGGAAUCUGGGUUUGUGCACGUCGUCGCUCAGUACACAUCAAGACAAGUCCGAGAUCUUCCUUGUGACUGUUUCUUUGUCUAAUACAGGGGAUGUGAAAGAGUGUGUCUAAUGGAGAACUCUUCUCAAGGACUGCGUUUUCAUGUCACUUUUGGACUCUUGAGUCCAGGUGCCAGAGAAUCGCUGUACAUUUAAUGUUGUGUAGAGAUGUCAAAGAAAAACAAAAACAUUCCACAUGCAUGCAACUUGAAGAAAAAUCCCACAAUGCAGCGCUUGAGCAUCAGCAACUGUUUCAUGCACUUCCACGGUGACUGUGCACAGCGUCAAUGACACACACCAUUAGAUGGCAGCAUUUAGAAAAUGUGUACGUUCCAUUUAGUUAAGUGGAAACAAUCAUGAUGCAAUAUUAUCCUAUGCGGUUGAAUAAAAAAUCUUUUGUAAAGUGGAUGUUGUUAAAACAAUGUAAAAAAUAUAUAUAUCUGCCGUCAGUACCAGAUUACAUCUGACAUUCAGGGUCACAUUUUGAUGUCAAAAUGUUAUAAAAAUGUAAAAGACAACCUACCAGUGACAGUUGAGUAUAUGCCCCUUAGGGGAAAAAAACUUUGGCAAUGGCUGAGUCAAUACCUACAAUGCGAUCGCUCCUCGCAGGUUUGUAACAAGACACAUUUUGUAAUAAAAAUACGAAAAAUCAUCCAAAAAGUCAAAACCCAAGGCACACCCGUUCAUCCGCAUCUACAUUAGUGUGUCGUAAUGUCAUUAAUGGUAUCGCUCCUCCUAUUAGUAAAUGACAGACACUACCUUACACAAUAGAAAAACAGAAUGCCUUGAAAUAAUCGUCAGGGUAAUUGUAGUCAAAACAGUUCAAUAGAAGCGAUGGGACAAGUAAACAGGCCGAGACACAAAUACACAGGUUGAAUGGGUGCCA